CUCGGCGCUCUGUUUUGACGUAAUUUCCGGAGGGCCUCCCUCCACCGACGCUUACAUUAGGGGGCUUCACUUAGAGUGGGCGGUCAAAGAAGUCUGCGCUUUAACUGUUUGGUCCUGCCGCCCGCCUGGCUCUACACCAUGGGAGUGACUUGUGUGUCCCAGAUGCCUGUGGCUGAGGGUAAGAGUGUCCAGCAGACCGUGGAGCUCCUCACCCGGAAAUUGGAGAUGCUUGGGGCAGAGAAGCAAGGAACAUUUUGUGUGGACUGUGAGACCUACCACACAGCUGCCUCUACCCUUGGCAGCCAAGGUCAGACCGGGAAGCUGAUGUAUGUGAUGCACAACUCAGAGUACCCUUUGAGCUGCUUCGCCCUCUUUGAGAAUGGCCCUUGCCUCAUUGCUGACACCAACUUUGAUGUGCUCAUGGUAAAACUCAAGGGCUUCUUCCAGAGUGCUAAGGCCAGCAAGAUUGAGACCCGGGGCACCCGUUACCAGUACUGUGACUUCCUAGUGAAGGUGGGCACAGUCACAAUGGGGCCCAGUGCCCGAGGCAUCUCCGUAGAGGUGGAGUAUGGCCCCUGUGUGGUAGCUAGUGACUGCUGGAGCCUGCUGCUCGAGUUCCUACAGAGUUUUCUAGGCAGCCAUACACCAGGGGCUCCUGCAGUGUUCGGCAACAGACACGACGCAGUCUAUGGCCCAGCAGAUACCAUGGUCCAGUACAUGGAACUCUUCAACAAGAUUCGCAAGCAGCAGCAGGUGCCAGUGGCUGGGAUUCGUUAGUGACAAGCAGCUGUCUGGCUGAGCUCUGUCACCAGGGGACUCCACAGGAGGAGCAGGUGCUGCACCCUCAGGCCUCUGGGCCCCAGAAACCCAGGGCAGACAUGGAGGCCUCUCUCCCUCUCCUGUUCUCAGCUGUGACUUUCAUUCUGGGGCUCUGGACUCCUCUUCCCUGACCCUCACAUAAAGCCCCCUGACAGCUGUCUCACCCCACGCCUUACUGGACUUGGCCUGUCCUCAAGAACGGUAAUUACAAAGAGUGGAGAAGUUUGGAGCUUUCCUGCUUUAGGGAAAAAGGUAGGACAGGGGUGUCCCUGCCUAGUGUUGGUGGGGAGAGUUGUCUAUAUCUCCAGUUAUUGAAGAUUUGGCCUAGGCCCACAGUGGGUAGGCUGCAUUUUGUGUUUGGGCUAUGCUAUAAUAAAAGCCUCUUCCUCUCCUCAAAGGAUGCGCUGGGCCCUUUCUGGAGAAGGAGUAGGAGGCAAAACUUGUUUGAAGGCUGUCAUUUGCUGACCUGUUUGCUGAAGUGAAUUGCGAGUUGACUUUUCUAGGGUGUUGCCUGAAUCUUUAGAAGUCUCUCUACCUCUGACAUUUUCCUCUUCUGCUGUGAAUUAUGUUAAGCCACAGACUAAGCUGCUGUAACAAAUAGUACCUAAAGUACAGUAGCUCUUAGAAGUUUAAUUUUCUCUCUUCUAGGAGUGCAGAGGUAGUCAGAUGGUCCAGAGCAGAUUUAAAUUACAUGGUCAUCAGGAACUCAGUUUCCUUUUAUCUUGUUUAGUCCGCUGCCCCCCUAUUCCCCUGUUGUCCUUGCCUGCAAGGUCAAAUCAUACUCAUUAGCUCCAUGUAUACUUUCUACUGGAGAAAGAGAGAAUAAUGCAUAUAUUUUUUUAAAGGAUAUUACCUGGAGUUGCUGAAACCUCUGUGGCCACACUUUGUUGAAAGGUACACUGGGAUAUAGAGCCUCUUAUUUGGGUAGUUAUGUGCCCAAACUCAAGGGGUUUUGUGACUAAAAGAUGGAGAAAAUGAAUGCAGGGGCCCAGUUCGCGGCCUCUGCUACAUGGAGCUCAGUGGAUGUGCCCAGGAAUGCUCUUAGCUGUUACUUUGCAGUUAGUACCCCCUGUAACUAAUCCAUUUGUUUAUGAAUUGGUUUGGGAUAGGGCUGACGCCAGAGCCACUUUCAGUUUAGCUGAAUUAGUCACACUAGGAAGCCAGUUUCUCACCCCUUGCUUAAGUCUCAACAAGGCCUCCAAUUCUCAUGCGCCUGGAGCUUAGCGUUAGAACAGUUGACUUGAUACUUGCUUCAUGAGUUCUUUCUCUUCAUCUCAUUGGGGCCCCCAUGCUGCUCAUCUGACUGAUAUGGACUGCCUGCCUACCUCUCUCCUGCUUCAGAAAUGUUCAGUCAGGCUAACACUGAGAUACACAGUCAGAGAUGGUCUUAGGAAAUGCAUUAAUGUACCUACUGCUGUGUUGUCCUCAAGGUUACUGUUUCUCAUUGAAGGAACCUAAAGAGAAGUAGUUUUUGGACCUAAGGGCUCAAACUAAAGCCUCUGCAACAAGAAUCAGGUAGUGGCUAUGUUUCCCUUUUAGCUUUGGCUAGCAGGAAGCUCAGUUCAACUUUUUAACUGCAAGACCUGUCAUCUGCAUUUUUUUGUCUCACAUCCCCCUGGGUUUUUUUGCUUAUUUCUUUGUUUUGUCUUUACUUUUUUAAAAAUUGAAGUAUGUUUUAGGUAUCAUUUACACACAAUAAAAUGCACAGAUCUUA